AUGAGCAAAGGAGGCAACAUCAAGGUCGUGGUCCGUUGCCGGCCGCUCAACAGUCGAGAGAUUGCAAAGGCAUCAGAGUGCAUCAUUCAUAUGGACGGCAAUAUGACGACCAUCACUAAACCAGACGGACCGGAAGGCUCAGGAGGAGGUGCCACAAAGGCAUUUUCGUUCGACCACUCGUAUUGGUCCUUUGACAAGAACGACUCCAACUAUGCAGGUCAGCAACGGCUCUAUGAAGAUUUGGGCGUCGAAUUGCUGAACCACUCAUUUAAUGGAUACAAUACAUGUAUCGUUGCAUACGGACAGACUGGAAGUGGAAAGUCGUAUUCAAUGAUGGGAUACGGCGAAGACCGUGGCAUUAUACCCCUCUCCUGCCACGAGCUCUUCCAGCGGAUAGAGAAGAACAAGGAUCCAACACUCAACUACCGAGUCGAGGUGUCAUACAUGGAGAUUUACUGCGAGCGAGUACGGGAUCUGCUGAACCCCAAGAACAAAGGUCACCUGAAAGUGAGAGAGCAUCCAUCAUUAGGACCAUACGUCGAGGAUCUGUCCAAACUGAUGGUCACCUCCUUCCAGGAUAUUGAAAACCUCAUGGACGAAGGCAACAAGGCACGAACGGUGGCUGCAACCAACAUGAACGAAACGUCAAGUCGAUCCCAUGCAGUAUUCACGGUUCUACUGACACAAAAGCGAUUCGACAUUGAGACGAAGCUGGAAACAGAAAAAGUCUCGCGAAUCUGUUUGGUGGAUUUGGCCGGAAGUGAGCGAGCCAACUCGACAGGGGCGACAGGAGCUCGGUUAAAGGAGGGCGCCAACAUCAACAAAUCACUCACAACCUUGGGCAAAGUCAUCUCCGCCCUUGCUGAUGCGUCCAGUGCACCCGUGGCGAAAAAGGGUAGCAAAAAGGCGGCCGAAGUGUUCGUACCUUACCGCGACUCUGUAUUGACAUGGCUAUUGAAAGACUGUCUCGGUGGAAACUCAAAGACGACUAUAAUUGCGGCGCUCUCACCGGCAGAUGUCAACUACGACGAAACACUGAGCACCCUUCGUUAUGCCGACCAGGCCAAGCGUAUCAAGAACAAGGCCGUUGUGAACGAGGACCCAAAUGCAAAGCUGGUCCGCGAGCUCAAGGAGGAACUUUUGGAGCUCCGUUCCAAAUUGGGCGUUUACGACCCUCUGGAAGCUGGCUCAAAUACCAAGGCGUCCGACACUGUUGUGAUUGUGGAUCUGCAUGGAAACGCCAGGACUCUUACCAAGGAACAGUUGCAGGAUGAGGUGCAGGCGUCCGAGAAGAUCAUGUCCGAACUGAACGAGACUUGGGAGGAGAAGCUGCGAAAGACACAGGAAAUUCAACAGGAACGUGAGCGGACACUGGAGGAACUCGGUAUCUCAGUUGAGAAGGGACAUAUCGGACUUCACACGCCCAAGAAGAUGCCCCAUCUCGUCAACCUGAACGAAGAUCCCCUCAUGUCGGAAUGUCUAGUCUACCAGCUCAAGCCAGGAAAGACUCAAGUUGGUCGGUUAGAGUCUGCAACCGCGGCAGACAUCCGCCUUUCAGGAACCAACAUCCACGACGAGCACUGCUACUUUGACAACACCAACUCGACCGUCACCCUCUACCCCGGAAAGUCGUCAAUGACGAUGGUCAACGGACUCCGAAUCAGUAAACCAAAACGAUUGCGGUCAGGAUUCCGAGUCAUCUUGGGCGACUACCAUGUUUUCCGCUUUAAUCAUCCUGAGGAGGUCCGCAGAGAGAGGGACCAACAGACCAAGGGCUCCCCGACCACAAAACUUUUCACUUCAGCGGACGCCAAGACCCAACCACAACAGCGUACUCAGUCUAACAGCAUGGAGGAUGACCGCCCAGACGACCGGCCUGAUUCUCCAAUUUCGUCCGCUUCUGUUAUUUCGGAGUUCGUCGACUGGAACUAUGCACGUAAGGAGGCUGUGAUCCACGCGCACAUGCUGUCGGAGGCUAAUAUCAACCAACUCAAGGACCAGGAUUUGGAUGUGCUUUUCGACAACAUUGCCAAAAUUCGAUACUUGCGCAAGAGCGUCCGGUCCGACAGCCGUGGAGGUUCGGUUCUAGAUGACGAUACCGAGUCGAGAUCUUCAAGACUGUCCUUAAUGGACCGUUGGCACGGCGAAUCUCCUUUGACAGGAGAGGAGGACGACCGAGAGAGUCCUAUUCCACCUCUGGAGUCGUCAGCGUUAGCUUUGAAGGAGAAGCUGAGGAUCGCAGAGGAGGAAGUCCAGCAGAUGAACCAGCAACGGCAGGAGUACGAGGCCAAGAUCCAGAGUCUUUCAGCGGCAGAGACAAAGUCGGACGAGCUGCUGGCUGAAAAGGCGCUGAUGGAGGAGAGGUUGCAGCUGGCCCAGGACGAUCUCGCCGCGAAACUGGAGGAGCAGCGGGAAAAGUACGAAGAAAAGAUGAAGCGGAUGUCCUUGAUGAGCCUAGCCAGUCGGUCAUUGGACGAAUCGAAACUCAAGGGGAACUUGUUGCCGCUGUACUCGGACUAUGAGCUGGAUUUGAUCUACAAGACCCUGGGACGCUGGAAGCAACACCGAAAGAUCCAGAUGGCAGAAACGAUUCUAACCAAUGCCGUGAUGAUCAAGGAGGCCAAUAUCAUCAGCCGGGAACUCUCAAAGCAAGUCGUCUACCAGUUCACUGUCAUCGAAUCUGGACCAUUGGCGAAUCCGAGCUCAGCCUUGGAGAGCACCUCGGGAUUAUCAGAGUUUCACAGCGACGAGGACACAGCGCUCUAUGCCCUCAAGAGACCUUGCGUCGGCGUCAAGGUCAUCGACAACAAGCACAACUCGAUCUACAUCUGGUCACUCGACAAACUGAAGGCCCGCUUGCACAAGAUGCGCAAUCUCUACAACUUUGUGGAUCGACCCCAGUACAGGAAGCACUUCAACAUGGAGGACCCUUUUUACGAGUCGCCUGCUCCUCGGUACACGUUCAUUGGAAGUGCAUCGACGAUGUUGCAGAGUCUUUUGCAAAACAAGUUCAAGGAAUCUGUGGUGCCCAUCAUCUGCAGGACAACGGGUCAGAUUAUGGGCCGUGCACGGAUAGCACUCACGCCCUUGAGCCAUAAUGGUGCCCGAAGUCCCGCUGCACAGGCAAUGUCGCCAACCUCGCCCUUUUCUCGAACCAAUGGACACAGCCUGGCCGAGAGACUUGACGGACAACAACCACAGUCGCAAGGAUCGUCAUCUGAAUCGACAGGACCGGAGGAUGAGGAGGAGGAAGUGAAGGAAGGCGACCAGCUCUUGUUCGAGAUUUCGCUCGUGGCAGUAGAGGGACUCUCUGAGCAGCAAUAUACCCAAGUCCACGCCCAGUUCAGGCUGUCCAAUCUCACAGGGGCGAGCAUGGUCAAGCCGAACGGAUCCCCUCAGGUUCCCGCCCCAAGCGACAAGGUAUUUGCAACGGAGGCUGUCAGCGGAUUUGAGGACGAGCCCAUCUUUUUUGGGUUCUCUCAAACGCUCUCCAUGAUGGUGACCGAGCCGAUUCUGGAGGUAUUGAGGCACGGGUCUUUGCUCUUUGAGCUCUUUGGAGAGGCCAAGACGACGACGUUGGCCAGCUGGGAGAAGUGGGACCGGGACCAAGAGGAUCUUCACCAAGGACCUGUUGCUCAAGUGCAGGCAGUCGUGACCAACGGAAACGGCACAGUCGGGCGAUCGCGAGGACCUUUCGGAGGUAAAUCCGCAGGGAAUGUAGGCGAGCGAAUGUCGGAGGAUGAGCUGAUGAUGGAGGAGCAUCAUGAUGUUUUGGCGCAUGUUCAGGUCUGUGAGUUGGCGCCGUCGGGAGAAUACGUCCCUGUCCAGGUGUUCUCCAAUUCGACAAUCGAUUCUGGUUCGUUCCAGUUACGACAGGGUCUGCAGCGGCGGAUUGUCCUGGCAUUGUCGCAUGCCUCGGGCAGGCAAUUCCCAUGGCAUCGGGUGUCCAAGGUCCAGCUAGGUCGCGUGCGUCUAUUGGACAACAAGGGUCGUAUUACAGAGUCUCCAUCUUGCGAGGAUGUGACGCUCAGUCUUGUACCGGGACAGAAGGUCGAAUACCCGACAGAUGGAACCAGUCUCUUGUCUGUCCAGGCCUCUUGGGACAGUACAUUGCACGAAUCCUUGUUUCUGAACCGGGUGACGGGAGCGAAUAUGCGAGUUUUGUUGACAUUGACGUGGUUUGUUGAGGCUGAGCGGUGUAUGGAUCCAGUAUGCUUCCGGAUGGAUAUUGCGGUCCAGAUUCAGGAUCGGGAAGCAAGGACGAGUGUACCGGCGCAUUCGCCCUAUCGACUGAUGUCGUCGCUCUCGUUCCUAGCAGGAGGGGGAUCUAGUAAGGUGGUAAAGAAGAAGGCGAGUGGGCUGUUCCUGUUGAGCCUGCGCCCGAUCGUGGCCAAGAAGGCAUCGGAAUUGUGGAGGAUGAACACGGCAGCAAAGUAUGUCAGGGGUGAGGAAUUUUUGGCAGGCGUCUGGAGACCUCGAGGUGUUUCGUUGGUCAAUGGAUACAGAGCGACGAGGGAGGAGAUUCAGAAGCGAGAGAAUGUGGAGAGGACGCGGCAGUGGCUGCAGCUGGAGGAGAAGCGGAGAGGUGUCUUACCUUGGGAUUCGGCCUCGGUGUCGACAUUGUCGUCGUCUGGAGUCACGAAUAGCCCGUCAACUGCGACAACUGCACACACGCAAGAAUCUGAUCAGAGUGGGUCAGAAUCUAGUGCUCAGGAAUCUGACGCGUUGGAUGAGAAGAGCCGAAAGUUGUUGCAGAAGGCGAUUGACCUCUGGCGCUACAAGCCCAUCUCCCUCGACGAGGUUGUGAUCAGUCAGGAUCCGCCAUCGUUGGAUACUGACAAUCCCGAGGCCAUCAAGCAGCCUCGUCCAUCACCGCGACUCCAGUCCGAGGUCAAACUGAUCACCAAGAGCGACAACAUUUCCAAGAAGGGAUACUUGUUCUACCCUGAGGACCGGGAUGAAACCUGGAUCAAGCGGUGGUUCGUGAUCCGGCGGCCAUACAUGUACAUCUAUGCCCAGUCCAACGAGGCCGACGAGCUCGGCGUGGUCAAUCUAACCCAUGUCCGUGUCGACCACCAAAAGGAUCUCGAAAACAUGCUCAACCGCCAACAUGUGUUUGCGAUCUACACGACGAGCAACGCAUACUUGAUGCAGGCCCCUACUCGCGACGAGAUGUGUUCAUGGCUCAAUCACCUUGACCAGUUCUUUGACCUCUCCCAGAUCCCAUAA